GGAAUUCAGAUUCUCGAUACAGAGGUUAGUCGGAAUUACUAUGGGUUUGUGCAUGAGGUGUCACGUUAGCCUCCAUAGUCCGAGAGAUCCGCCAGAAUGGUGACUCCGGUAAUAUGGGCGCAGGGCUACCGUGUUCCCCUGGACAACUUCCUCCCUCGAACCUGGAGUCAAGAACUCGCGUCUAAUACCCUCUAGACUAUUGAAACUCCGAGUCAUGGGUGAAUCAAACGGAGCAGGAAAUGCCUUUCCUCCAGGCACAAUUGCGAAACUGACUUGCGACAUUCUCAAUGACACAUUCUAUAACAUUAUUCAUGAUAUCGUUGCCAAAGUUCAUCGGGACGAAAAGGUGGCUCGGAUGCGCUCCGCAGUUGUCGUUGCAAGACAGAAAGCAGAAGAGGAGGCUACCAGGCGCCGCGAAGACGCAGGAACCAAGCCUGCUAACCCGCUGAAGACAGGCGACCCUGACUCGGAAGAUCUGAAGGACAUACGAGUCGAGACGGAUGGGGCUGUGUUUGACGAUGGCAAGGUAUACCUCAAGGGAAAUCCGCUUCACACAACAAAGGAGAUAAUAUGCCCUAAUUGCCGGUUACCCCGACUCUUAUACCCAUUAACCGGGGUAGGGGCCCGCCCACCUCCGGAUCCUUACAGAGAAUACUGCCAGAAGCAACCGAUGAUCAGCAAACCUGGGCAUGACGUCCACGGAAACCCGUUUGCAACCGACAAACUGAAUCCGAAAAAGAAGAAACAAACAAAUACAUCAAAUACACCAGCGUCAAGCCCGCCAACUACGCCCGAUAGCUCCUUCAAGCAAGCAGCACCGGAGAAAGUGUCGUUCCCGACGGUGAAGUGCCCCAACUGUCCCCGAUACUUUGUUGUUACCCGUGUAGCACAGCACUUGGAUCGUUGCCUCGGUCUCUCCGGCCGACAAGUCAACAGAAACAAGACUCCACAGGAAAAUGGCAGCGGCACGCCGACUUCUGCACCUGCCAAACGGCCACUUGGAGAUGAUGACGGCCCGACACCGCUACCGAAGAAGAAGAAGCUCGGCGCCCCGAAAAAGUUAUCAGGAAAGAAACCACCGCCUCCGAGUAAGCUGAAGAAUGGCAUCACACCGGAUGAUGCCGUUGCAUCUGGAGAACGUGAGAUCAAGACCGAAGCCAACGGGGACGCCUAA